GGCGGGCUGGCGCGGGUCUGGAGGGUGGUAGGGAUCCCUGGCGAAAAGGGAUUAUUGGAGAGCACACUGCCGACCUUCGGGGCAUGAUCCCUGGCUCCAAUGGGGGAAGCCCAUAGCAGAAUGUUCCCUAACAGCCAGCCAACCCGGACUGAGGCGUCUGUCUAUCCCCGGCUGCAAGGGCCAUCUGCAAGGAACACGCAGAGCCUGGAGGGAAGGGUGUCUCUCUGCCCGUCCCCCCGCCCCAGCACUCGCCCAUGGGUGGCCUGCUGCCAGCCAGAGACAAAGCUGUUGUCCUUAGGUGUCUCUGGCCCCAUUCGUGCCCGUUUCCCUCUAAGCUUGUGUCUACUUCCCAGGUGCUAGUGUGAAUUCUUGCCCCUGGGCUCCCUCCCCCCUCCUGCCUUCCCGAUCUCUCCGCAGGGCCGCCUUUCUUCUCCCUCCUCUGUUAGUGACUUCCUCCUCUCCCUCCCCAUCAUCUUCACUAAAGUACGAGAAUGGCCGGUUCUCGUCGCUGCCCGAUCCCUGGCCCUGGAGAAGAGGCUGCUUCCGAUCCUUAAACUGAAGCUGGCCCCGAGGCCGCCCCGGAUUUCGCAUCCGGACCCCGCCGGACCCCAGCUAGCCUUCGAGUGGGACUCUCCGGAAUCUCUACUUUCUGGGACUCAGUCCUCUGAAAGAAGUUUCCCGUUGCCACUCUCGGGCAGCCCCCUGCCCACUAAGUUCUUAGGACGGGGUUCGGAAAGUUUGGAAGGAGAAGGAAGCUCUGCUCUGGUGCCUAUGUUGCCGCGCAAUUACUUUAACGAAUGGGAUGGGGGCCCCAUUCCAGCGUCCUAAGGCGGGUGCAAGGGGAGCUAAGCCGCGGACUGGAGGUGGGGGGAGGCGUGGUCCCCAGCCUUCCAAGGCUUGAAGCUCUCCAAAGCCUUUCCGUGCCCUGCCGCUGGUGUCCGGACCUUGUCAUGGACCUCCCGCCUGGGCUUCAGUUCUGGGCAGUCUCGGCUACUGCUGGCCCAGAGGCCCACCUUCUGCCCCCCAGAGAGUCUCAGCCUGGGGUCCAGGACCCUCGGGAGUCCCUGGGGAGAUUUCAAGAGGUCGUACUCGGAGGGGAAAGCAAGUCCGCCAUUAUUGUCAGUUUGGGAUGAAAAAGCCCCAAGCCUUGUUCUGAGAAGGGACGCCUGGGUUUCUCCAGCUGUCAAAGGGGGACAGGACAUAAAACAAGGGGAGACCCCAGAUCUUGUGUACUGGGUCCGUCCGAAGCUGGGGCUGACGCAGGCAGAAACCCCUGGAUUCCAGCCUCAACCUAUCUCCGCCCCAGUGCCACCUCCUCCUGUCGGUUUUCCCGGCUCAAAAACAGGGAUAUCCUGUCCUCCACCCCAACUUCUUCCUAGUCCCCCAAACUCAAAAAUAGUCCGUCGGCAGGCGGGGGAAGGCUUCAGGAGGGUCGUCGCCCCAUUGCUCAGACUGGACGCUGCAGGGGAAGGGCGGGAAGGGCAGUUCCCUGGCGACGCCAGCCCCCAAGCCCUUCUCCAAGCUUAGCUCCAGUUCCUCGCGGGAGGAGAGGAGGCGAAGUGGAGGGGGUGGAGGCGCACUCGGGGCUGGGCUGAACUGACCCCUCCCAGAGCCCUGGGCGAACAGGGUGGGGGAGAGGUGGGGACCCAAGAGGCGAGAGUGGAAGCGGAGGAGAAGGACCACACCGGCGACCGCUGAAGCAACAUGUUGGCAACCAAAUUUUGGGACCGUUUCAUCAGACAGGUCAAGAGAAACCCCGGACUCAUCCCACUGAUCAGCUUCAUUGGCCUGGGGAUGGGCAGCGCUGCCCUUUACCUGCUUAGACUUGCCCUACGCAGCCCCGAUGUCAGCUGGGACAGGAAGAACAAUCCCGAACCCUGGAACCGCCUGAGCCCCAAUGACCAGUACAAGUUCCUGGCCGUUUCCAUGGACUACAAGAAACUGAAGAAGGACCGGCCCGACUUCUGAAGUGGGAGCGCAGGAGGGAGGGGCAGCAGCCGGGGGCUCCAUUCUAAUAAAACACCCCGAAAGGCCAA